AUGAGCGACUCAUAUGGAGGGGGUUCGAUUUACCUCAAAGCAUCCGAUAUGCAUGCGCCAGCGAUAGUCGUAAUUGCCAUCAAUGGCAUCACUUCAAACAGCAGUGCAGAUCAUCCGUGGUCUGAUGAGGCCGGGCACUGUUGGCUCAAGGAAAAACACUCCAGCUGCCCCGGUAUGCGAUUGCUAUUCGUCAAUGGCAACUUCCAAGCCCCGAAGGUUUGGGAUCGUCCCCUAGAGAGCAGUAGCGAUGUACUGGGGCUCUUGAAUCGCUUCCUCGCAGAAGUUCCGUCCGAAGUAAUACGACUUUCCAAGAGUCCAAUAUCUCUCAACACCAAAUCAAGCAACUUUGUCUUUUUGGGAACACCACUAUACUGUAAAAAUCCGAAAGAUUUUGUCAAGGCCCUGCAAAAUACUGCUAGGGCAGAGGCAAAUAGAGAAAGCAGCGGCUUCAUCGCUGCGAAAAUACCCGAGGAUGUGCUCAUCUCUUUGAGCGACCUCGCAAAUUCUGUUGAGGAGCUAAAAGGCCAAUGUUUGGUCCUUUACAGUGAAAGAUCCCUGGGUUUCUCAUUAUCCAAGCGACUAGUUUCGAAGUUGUCUCGAGGCAAGGGUUCUCAACAGUUGACUUCCAGUGGGAGAAAGGACAUCGAGUUUGUGGAAUUUGUGUGCCAAGACGGAAAGGCCAUUCAUUUCCCUAGUGCUCUAUAUGACAGUCAGACUCCCAAGAACUUGGCGUCGCCAUCGACUGUUGCCGUGCCUUCCAACGGAUUACCCUCGGCAGGGGAGGGCUCACACGCGACAGCUGCCUCGAGCGGCGAGGAUAUGCCAAUUCUGAGUGAUAGUAAAUCGGGUGUCUCUUUUCGGUCCCAGAUAUACUCGACACACGUUGAAAAUGCUUCUCAUGACCAAGAAGCUCUUGCCCGGCAAUCUGAACCUUCGAUUACCAACACUCAGUACCCUGAGGUUGAGCCCAAACUACACUUGAUCACACUCCCUGACUAUGACCGUUUUGUAGGAAGAGAAGAUUACCUGGAGGAUAUCAAAUCUGCACUUUUCAGCAAGACUCAAGGUCAACAGAGAACCAGUGCCGCAGACCGACUCACCCCAUCCUACACUAUUUGGGGCUGCCCGGGCCAAGGAAAGACUCAGACAGCACUCAGAUUUACCUACAAAUACCAGAAGCUCUUCUCCUACAUCUUCUGGGUGACUGCUGACCACGAGAACAAGCUUUUGGUAGCCAUGUCGCAGUCUGCCGCCAAGCUAGGGCUUGUUAGCGAGAAUUCAAAAGAUCUAGUAACCAAUACCAGGGCACUUUUGAACCAUCUGGCGGUUACAGACUGCCCCUGGCUCCUCGUCUUUGACAACGCUGAGAGUAAAAUUCUCAUCAACAUGCACUUCCCAUUAAAGUCCAAAGCCGGGGCUGUUAUCCUCACCACACGAGACAGGUCGUUGAUCGGCCAAAGCCAAGUGGCCUAUGGAAAGGAGCUUCCGCCUCUGUCCGAAGACGCGGCUAUCGAGAUGCUGAGCCUUGAUGUUUCAAGACACAUCUUUGACAGGGAAGAAGCGAAACAAAUUGUAAAGCGGAUGGGCUAUCUCCCGCUGGGUAUCAAAGCAGUCAUAAGCCUUAUCAGCGAGGUUCCAGUUCAUUUGAGCAUCUUCAACCAGCAGUGGAACUCCGCCCAUAGCGUCCUUCGGGAAACGACAGCCGAAGCCACCUACCAUCAACUCGCGCCUUAUGAACAGGCCUUGAGGGAGGUCUGGUCGAAGGAACUCGAGCAGGUGGACGAACAGGCCUGCUAUCUUGUAGAAACGGUGGCUCUUCUCGACCCAGACACUAUCCAGGAAGAGCUAUUCGCUUGCGGUUCAAUCGGAACAUCAUUAGAGAGCUGCGAGUUCAUCAAGAACUGGCCGAGAUGCCUCCGUACGUUGAAAAGACUCAUGCUCCCCAACACGGUCGAAGAAGGAUCGAAGUACCAGAGCCACCACGUGCACCGUCUUCUGCAGGUUUGUAUUCAGCUACAGAUGACCGAAGCCGCAAUGCAACGCGCCUUUUUCAACGCCGCGACGCUUGUUGCGAAUAUGAUACUCUCACGUGGAGAGAAGGGCACUACCUGGUCGCUCCGUACGAAGGAGUUCAAAGACUAUUUCCCACAUGCGCAGUCUAUACACCAGUUCUACAAUGAGAUGAGGCUCAAGGACCAAUUGCGUCAUCGGGUGCCAGUUGAAUUUCUCACAUUACUGAGGAAAGCAGCGGAGGUCUCUUACAAGAAGAGCUUCUUCCAAAGUGGACUCGAUCUCCUAGAGACUGCUGAAGGGAUUCUAGCUGAUUCGACCAUCACUGUCGUCGGAAUCGAAGCCGACCGUCGCUUCGAAGCCGUAGAGCUUCACUACACACACGCCUGCAUCGCCACAGAACUCCCCGACUUUGAUAUGUCCUACAAGCACUUCCUGAUGGCUAAGGACUAUUACGAUGAAGCGACGAAAGCCGGCAUCUCUCUUGUGAAAUAUGACGAAUAUGUUCUCUGGGGCGGCAUCGCUAAUUCUUUGAACGGGCUAGGCCGAGACCAGGAAGCUGAGAUCAUCUUCCAAAAGGCACUGAACCUAAAGCCAGCUCUGAGAAAGUGGUCAGCCUAUGAAAUCAACAUAGCUCGAUGCAUGAUUGCACAGAACAAGCUGGAGGAGGCAGAAAAGCGGCUUCUUGACUUCAUUAAGCGCCGUGCUGAAGAAUUCGGCAUUGACGACACGGAUGAUUACCUGUAUUCGACAUCCCCAACCCAAGCUUCACCGUUUGCGUUUAGCUAA